CGGCGUAUGGUGGUGGGUUGGCUAUGGGCCCUCCACAGUUGCAUCAUCAUCACCAUGCUCGACCUGAUGGUAGUCCACAUGAGGAAGUCAGCGGCACCUCUGAGUUUCCGAACGCUUCUCACCGUCCAUCUGUCACCGAAGGCCCCCGGCCAACUACAGCAACAACGGAACUCCGACCAGCACAGGUCUUCCACGGCUACCCAACAUACCCAUCACCAGCUUCCAGCGCCCGAGCAGGCCCCUCGAUGCCUCCUCUCCUACGAGAAAACGGGCUCAGCGCCAUGGGCCGACCCCCGACCGUCGCAACCAGCACCACCGCACCAGCAGCUCGACCGGACGCAGUCGACGAGGACGAGGAGUACCAACCAAGCAAAGAUGAGCUCUUCGGGACCCAGCCCACCGGCAAACCGCGCAAGUUUAUACUUGUCCCUGAUCCGCAUCGUGGAGAAAGUCGAGUGCGCGUUAAGGUCAACCUUGAUCAGGCCAAGAUGGACGAGUUGCCCGACUCGUACCGGAUGACGCACUCGGUUUAUCCUCGGUCAUACUUUCCCGUGCAUUUGAAGAACCCGCCUGGUUUGACAGUGCCCGGGAAGCGGUAUUUCAGAGACGAUGCGGCAGAGGCAGAGGCGGAUGAUGAGGCCGCGACUGUCGGACGAGUCACAGUACCUGCGCCGUCACUGGAUGGAGAAAGUGAUACGAUCGUGCCGCGGAUGUCGAAGCGACGUCACCGGAAGGAUGCGAUUUUGAAUGAUUUGGGAUACCGGAUGACAUGGUGCCAGAGUAGGACUUUUGUGGGACGGAUGGUAUUUCUGCAGAAGUCAUUGGAUAUGUACCGCAACAAAACGCGAAGCGCCAUGCUAGGCGCGGGCCAGGAUCCGGCAUCGAUUCCCGAGCAUCUCGAGACGCGGGCUGGUAAGCGACGUUUCCUCGAGCGAAGGAAGCGGAAGACGACUUCCGCUUCGGGAAUGAAUGCAUCCCGACGCAGCGCGGAAGAGGUCGAGGCUUAACCUGCAUUUGCAUUUGCCUCUGCAUUUGGAGUGAUGACCUGAUCUGAUUGAUGAUAUGAUAUGUUACGUACGCACGGCCAUUUAUGCUUGAUGAGUGACGGAUCUACAAUGUCUAAAAAUUGUCUUUAAAAAUAUGGGACGUGCGGGAUUAGUAUGGGAGGCGUCGUU